GACAGGCCGAGACUAUGGCAAAUACAGACAAAAUGUUUUGAACACAGCUCUGUACAGUGCAGUCUUUGAGCUGUGUUUGAAUUUUCAGUGUUUUGGUCGAGAUUGUGGGAUCUGUUUUGUACCGGGCCAUGUGACCAGGUUUUCAAACAGAGCUGGACUUUGGCUGGAAUGUGCACCCCCACACCCCCCCCCCCCCCCCCCGCCUCCCUCCUGUUGCAUUCGCGUCUGUGGCCCCGUCGUGAAGGAGCUCCGCCAUGCUGCUGGGUGCAUUCUUGGACCUGCUGGAUGUAAAAGGCUAUUUGCUCUUACUUUUUGUGUUCCUGCUUGUUUUUGAUCUUCUGAAGAACCGAAACCCACCCAAUUUCCCCGCGGGACCAUGGCCCUUACCUUUCCUUGGAAAUGUCUUUGUUGGUUUUGACCAUCAUGCUAUGGACAAGGUGGCCAAGCAGUACGGUGACAUAUUCAGCCUCAGAAGAGGAGGAGAGAAAAUGGUGGUUGUGUCAGGAUAUAAAUCGGUAAAGGAAGUUCUGAUCACUCAGGGAGAUUAUUUCUUGGAUCGUCCUGUGUCUCCCCUGUUCACUGAGGCGUUCCAAGGGUAUGGUAUUUCCCUAAGUAAUGGCUACAGAUGGAGAAGACAGAGGCAUUUUGCUGUGUCCCAUCUGAGAAACUUCGGAGAGGGCAAGAGAAGCCUGGAGUUUCACGUCCAACAGGAAUGUAGCUUUCUCUGUGAGGCCUUCCAAGAGGAAUGUGGAGGUGCUUUCAACCCUCAUGUCCUCAUCAACAACGCAGCAGCCAACAUCAUCGGAUCUUUGGUGUUCGGGAAGCGUUUUGACUAUGAUGCCACCGACUUCCAGAACCUUCUCAGCCUGAGUGCAGAAACCAUGCUUCUGGUGGGCUCUCCAGUUGUGCAGCUCUAUGACAUGUUCCCGUGGCUUGUGAAGCGAUUCCGAGGACCUCACGAGACUAUUUUAGCCAACUAUGGCAAGCUUGCCGCAUUCAUCAAAAGAGAGGUCAAUAAACACAAGAGAGACUGGGAUCCUUUCGAUCAUCGUGACUUUAUAGAUGCCUACAUAGGAGAGAUUGAUAAGAGGAAGAAGGACACUGAGGCAGCAUUCAAUGUGGAUAACUUAGCGUUCUGCACUCUGGACCUGUUUGAAGCCGGAACCGAGACCAUCACCACCACUCUGCGCUGGGCUCUCCUUCUCAUGAUGAAAUACCCUGAUGUCCAAGGGCAGGUCCAGGCAGAGAUAGACCGUGUGAUUGGUGAUUCUCGCCAGCCAUGUUUGGCAGACAGAGUUAACAUGCCCCUUACUGAGGCAGUGAUUCAUGAAACCCAGAGAUUUGCCAACCUCCUCCCUUUGACUAUACCCCGUCUGACCAGCAAAGACACCACACUGUGCGGAUAUUUUAUACCAAAGGGUACGAUGGUCAUCACUAACCUGUCCUCAGUGCUGAGAGACAAAUCGGAGUGGGAAACACCUGACCAGUUUAAUCCUAAACACUUCCUCAAUGAGCAGGGCCUCUUUCGGAAAAGGGAGGCUUUCUUUCCAUUUGCAGCAGGGAAGAGAAUGUGCCUUGGGGAGCAGCUGGCACAGAUGGAGCUGUUUCUGUUCUUCACCUCUCUACUCCAGCGCUUCUCCUUCUCCCCAGCAGAUGGGGUGGAGCCCACUCUGGAACCCCAGGGGACGGGGGUCCUGUCUCCCAAACCUUUCCUCAUCCACUUGUCUUUACGCUAAUAGCACUGAUAAGUCUGUUGUCCUUAACUGUGAGAGCUGAGAUCUCACUCUGGUUUCGAGCAGUCUGUCACAUUUAAUUGACUACCCACCACUCACACUUUGACCCAGGUGACUGAUCACAGGACAACACUAAAAGCUGCAAGUAGUUUUGAAUUAGAGUACAGUUCAGUUUGCAUUAUUCUGAAGUUAUCAGAUUACAGUUAAACAUGUAGUCAACUGCAAGCAGUGUAGUAAAUGAUUUAUUUCUUUUUUUAAUUUUGUAAUUGUUUAUUUGCCAAAAGUGUCAUUUUCUUUAACCUGUGAUUCCUUUCUGUAUUGUGCUUACCUUCCCUCUUUGCUCUACUGCAGCGCUUUCUAGAGACAGGCUUUGUGAGUUAAUUACUGAGCUAAUAUGUCCAAAUGGUACGGAGCUAUCAUCCGUCCGUCACGGACAGACAAACACGCACAUACUUCAACACUCACAUAAAAGUUUGUACAAAAAUGA